AUGGCAUCGUCGGGCCUAGAAGACGUGAAAGAGGCUCUGAAGGUCAUCUCCCAGGGGCAGACGAAACUCAUGUCCGCAGUCGAGUCCGUGAUGCAGCGUGUUGCCGAACUGGAAAAGGCUGAGGGCGAGGCGCACCAGCGUCCGAGCAGCUCCGUGGCCGACGGCAUCAAGCGGGCUGAGACACCCCUCGCUGGCGGCUUCACCCCCUCCCCGUCGACGGUGAUGCCGGCCGAAGCGGGCACUCAGUCGCCGCCACCGAUGGCCGCCUCUCCGGACCUCAAGUCGAGUUUCUCGUCGCGCGUCGUGCUUACUACCUAUCCCAAGCAGAUCGGCAUCAAGCCGUUGCCCUUGGAGUGGGGUGCCGCCGACCCCCUUCAGCGCGGCCCGGUCACGGUGUCCAGGUCGCCGUCCACCAUCGGGAGACGGAAUGCCAUUGGAGCCCACGGCGGCUCGUAUUCCAUCUAUUAUGCCUUAGCCGUGGCCAGUAGGGAGCUCAAGGCCGAUCACAGGCCCGACUUCACCAAUACCGAGCCCGCUGUAAACAUCGGGCCAUUCCCCCAGUGGUCUGACCCGAAGAAGAUCGUAGCCAUGGAUCCUUGGGGUCACCUGGUACCGUGGAUUUACAAGGAUAUUAUCCAGAAGGAAAACGGCAUGUUCAUCAUGGAUCUCCGUCCGACCAUCGCCGUCACUAAGGCCCACAUGAAGUUGCCUGAACUCGAAGAGAGCGUGAAGGGCGGACGGCUUGUUCCCGACGGCAAGGUGUGCCUCAACGACCAAGGAGAGCUCAAUGUGACCAAGUUUGCAGUCGAGCCAGUCUGGUAUCUUCCGGGUGUCGCGGAGCGGUUUGGCAUCGACGAAGGCACCUUGCGGCGCUCGCUCUUCGAGCACACUGGCGGCAUGUAUCCGGAGUUGAUCACUCGGUCCGAUAUCAAAGUGUUCCUGCCCCCUAUUGGUGGCUUGACGGUUUACUGCUUCGGUGAUCCGGCGAAUAUGUCUGAUCCUUCCAAGAAGCUCGCGUUGCGCAUCCACGAUGAGUGUAAUGGAAGUGACGUCUUCUGUUCCGACAUCUGUACUUGCAGACCUUACCUCAUCUUCGGCAUUGAAGAGGCCGUCAAGGAGGCGCAAAACGGUGGCAGCGGUGUUGUGAUCUACUUCCGGAAGGAAGGAAGGGCACUGGGCGAGGUGACAAAGGUAUUCGUGUACAACGCCCGCAAGCGCGGGGAAGAUCGCGCAUCAGACUACUUCAAGCGGACCGAGAACAUUGCGGGGGUCAAGGAUAUGCGUUUCCAGGCCCUCAUGCCGGAUAUCCUGCACUGGCUUGGCAUCACCAAGAUUGACAGGAUGCUGAGCAUGAGCAACAUGAAACAUGAUGCCAUCGUCGGGCAAGGUAUCCCUAUCCAUGAGCGAGUCGAGCUCCCGGAGUCGUGGAUCCCCGCAGAUUCGAGGGUAGAGAUCGAUGCCAAGAUCAACGCCGGAUAUUUCACGACCGGCCACCGAAUGACGGAGGAAGAACUCAAGACUGUGCAGGGCCGGAUAUGGGAAGAGUAA